AUGUUGGAAACAAUUCAUAUUGACCAUCGUGUCAAUGCUCUAAAGUUAAGAUCAGCACAAAAAUACAACAUUCCCCCUCAGAACUGUCAUAUUGGACAUCUCGUUCUUCAAGGCAUGCUCGAUAAUCCUAAAAUGACCAAUCAAAUCGAUGCUGCAACGGACAAGAGUGAGACCAAUGGAUCCGUGGCGGUCCGCUCUAUGCAGCUGGCUAGUGCUUUCAAUAAUUUCGGUUUGAAACCAGGAGACGCAGUAGUAAUAUCGGGGUUCAACCAUCUAGACAUCGCGAUACCUUUCUACGCCUGCCAUUAUAAUGGCCUCUCCGUCUGUGGCGUUGAUCCGUGUGCAGGAUUAGCGGACCUAAAAGGACUCUACCCGGACGUUAAACCGAAAAUAACAUUCUGUCAGAGAAAUAUUGCGGAACACGUUAAAGAGGCAUACGCCACGGCCAAUAUGGAAGGAAAAAUUAUUGUCUUUGACGACGAGAAAAACAACAUGGAAAACUUUAUCCAAGAAUAUAAUGGAACCGAAGUCAAUUUCAGGCCAGCAGAGUUUGACCAUUCAGAAAUACCAGCGUGGCUGAUUCUCACAAGUGGUACUACAGGAAAUCCUAAAGUCGCUAUUAUACCCUACGACACAUUACUCAACGGGAUGUGCUGUUGGUGGAGACCUUUUACAACUGUCAUUAACCUUUCACUGACGAUGUCAUCGUUCCAAUGGUUGUCUGCCUUAAUUUAUUUCAUUUGUGGACCUUUAAGAAAAUACACAAGGCUUCAGUGCUCACUUCCUCUCAAUGCGCCACUGCUGGUUUCAAUAAUCAACAAAUAUAAGCCUGAAUUAACGGCGUGGAUUCCACAUUUGCUUGGGCAGUUCUUAGCAGGUACUGAGAAAGUAUGUGACGUAUCGUGCUUCAAAUUUGUCGUGGUGACCGGCAAUCCAAUGGAAAAGUCAGUUUUAGACAAAUUCAAAGAAAGAACUAAUGCCUACCUGUAUUUAGCAUAUAGUAUGACAGAACUACUUGUUCCCGGUUUUGAUUACAACAGCGAAACACCCUUCGGUUCUGUUGGAAAACCCUAUGAGAAAUAUCAAUAUAAAUUAAUAGAUGAUCAAGGACAUAGAAUAGAUAAACCUUUCAAAAAUGGCGAGCUUUAUAUUAAAGGAGACGAUUUCUUUAAGGGAUAUUUGGCAAACCCUGAAGAAACAAAUAAAAUGUUGACUGAAGAUGGCUGGUUCAAAACAGGAGACAUGUUCUAUAGAGAUGAGGAUGACAAUUAUUAUUUCGUCGAAAGAAAGCGUCUUUUGAUCAAGAGUUCCGGAUAUUGGGUCUCACCACUUCAAUUAGAAGGAAUCAUCAAAAAACACCCGAAUGUUGCUAACGUAUGCGUCGUUGGCAUUCCGGACAAGGAAAGAAUAGAAGCACCAGUUGCAGCAAUAGUCAAGAGGCCUGGAACAGAUGUGAAGCCCAAAGAAAUCUUUGAUCUGAUCACAGAAUCGAAUCCUGAACCACGCCAUCUUCACGGAGGAUUAUUCUUCAUGGAUGCAUUACCCAUGACGCCCUCAGGAAAAGUACAUAGAUAUAAAAUAAAAGAAAUAACUUUGACAGCAGACCGUAUUAUGCCCCCAGCAAAAUAA